GCUGACUGCACUGCAGAUACUUACACGAUACAUACAACUCCGACUUUCUCUCUCUAGGUUUCAGUUGCACUUGCAGUUGCAGGGCUCAAUCUCAUUCUAUAUUUCGAUAUUCUCUCUCUCUCUUCAAUUUCCAUUGUUUUGUUUCAUGAAUCGGUAAUACUGUAACCAAUUUAAAUCAUUUCCUGCUCUGGGCCUUCCUUUUCUUGAUUUUGAAGAAAAGGAGAGAAAAAUAUAAAACCCCUUCAAAUUGCAAUUUCAAUAACUUUUUGCGUUCGAAAAGUUUGGAGUUUUCGGGGACGAGUGAAUCCGCAUACACAAUGUUCUAUAUGUUUUUCUCUUCUCCUCCCAUUUCCUUUUAAAAAGGUAUGGAGUGUUCUGGUUUCUGGCAAAGAUCAUGGUGCAGUGCCUGGAUGGAGUAAAGCAUCUGCUUUCUACUGUUAUAAACUGCUGUGAAUCUGACAUUAACAAGCAGUCCUGGGGCCUGGAAAAUCCUGAAGCUCUAGCGAGGCAGACAGUUUUCAGUGUUAGCGAAAUAGAAGCCUUGUAUGAAUUGUUUAAAAAGAUCAGCAGUGCUGUGAUUGAUGAUGGGCUGAUUAACAAGGAAGAGUUCCAGCUUGCACUGUUUAAGACAAGCAAAAAGGAGAGCCUGUUCGCUGACAGGGUCUUUGAUCUGUUUGAUACAAAGCACAAUGGGAUAUUAGACUUUGAAGAGUUUGCCCGUGCCCUUUCAGUCUUUCACCCAAAUGCCCCGCUUGAUGACAAGAUUGAUUUUUCAUUCCAGCUAUAUGAUCUGAAGCAGCAAGGGUUCAUUGAAAGACAGGAGGUAAAGCAAAUGGUGGUGGCAACACUGGCUGAAUCUGGCAUGAACCUUUCAGAUGAGGUUAUAGAGAGUAUCAUUGACAAGACAUUUGAGGAAGCAGAUACCAAACAUGAUGGAAGGAUUGACAAAGAGGAGUGGAGGAGCCUUGUGAUGCGUCAUCCAUCUCUUUUGAAGAAUAUGACCCUUCAAUACCUCAAAGACAUCACCACCACAUUCCCCAGCUUUGUAUUCCAUUCUCAAGUUGAUGAUACGUAGGUCGGGGACCGACUCUUGUUGCACACCCCGGAUAGCGAUAGCGUGUGGCUAUUUGAAUCUAGACAGCUUGUUGAUUCUUUGUGUAAAGCUCUCCCAGAGAAAGCUCUCGCCCAACUGGAUGCAGAGAUGAAAUUGUUGGAUUCUUUUUCUCCUCAGUAUAUAUGAGUAUUUGACAGCUCUAUAUACGUUUAUCAAGAUUAUGAAGAUAAAACAUUUGAUUUUUCAGGAUGGAUUCUUUGUUUGAACAAAUUUGUUGUAUUUGUUGUUUCAGGUUUUGUUUAGAACAAGGCUGGAGUCUAUUUUUUGCAAGAGCUUUAUAUAUGGGCAUAUAGAAAGGGUUGUGGAUC